AUGAGUGAGCGUAUGCCUGGCCUCGGCAAGCUGCCGGACAAGGUCGACCUCGGCAACGGGUUCACAUUUGAGAACAAGGGCGGCAUGGGUGUGUAUGUCGACCCCAAUGCGGCGGCUCGCCAAAAGUCGACUCAGCCAGACUCGGCCCCGUACUGCUUCUCCAGGGUUGCCCUCAUCCGCUCCACAGUCGCUGCCGCAAAAGAGGCAGGCGAGCCGGCAGUCUGGCCCGAAGGCGACAAGCUCUCCCUGGCCAAGUGCUACCUCGCUCGCAUUCCGGCUGAGAUCGGCGCGCUGACCAACCUCGUCGAGCUCCAUCUCGGCGUCAACCAGCUGAACGACCUCCCGCUCGAUCUGGCCAACCUCGACAAGCUCGAGGCUCUGUACCUGCACCACAACAGCUUUGAGACCCUGCCCGAGGUAGUGACCAUGCUUCCAGCGCUCAAGCGGCUCAUCAUCUCUGACAACCAGCUGACCAAGCUGCCGUCGGCCAUCUCGGCGCUCUCCGGCCUGGUCGAGCUCAUGGCAAGCAACAACACCCUACGCUCGCUGCCGAAAUCCAUCUCGGUCCUCAAGCGCCUCGAGGUUCUCAACCUGGCCAACAACUCGCUCGCUGUCAUCCCCACCGUCAUCUGCAAGAACACUGCGCUGAUGGAGCUGGAUCUCUCCGGCAACGCCCUCCGCGCCCUGCCCGAGUGCAUCGGUGACGCCUGGGGCGCGCAGCUCGUCUGGCUCCCGCUCAGCAGCAACAGGCUGUCCAAGCUCCCGCGCUCCAUGGGCAAGCUCACCUCGCUCACCGCCCUCGCCCUUGACAACAACAAGCUCGACGUCUUUCCGUCCUUCCUCAAGGACUUUGUAGCCGCCCGCGUUCCGCUCAAGGAUCUCUCGCUUCGCGGCAACGCCAUCUCCGAGAUCCCGCCCUGGUUUGCCGCCUUUAAGGAUUCGCUUGUCGAGCUGGACCUCUCCGAGAACCGCAUCACCGCCAUCCCGCCGUUUUUCGGCGACUUUUCCGCCCUCGCCUACCUCGACAUUGCCCUCAACCGCAUUACUAGCCUCCCACCUCAGCUCGCCAUGCUGGCCACUGCCUCUCUCGACGACAUCGCCAUCUUUGGCAACCCUAUGACCGAGCUGCCAGCCGGAUGGUGUGAUGCGACCGAGCACCCGAUGCGUGAUUUUGUCUACCGAGACUGCCUCGACUUGGCUGCCGGCGAGUUUGGCGUUGAAUUUGAGGACCGCGAUGAACUGUAG